GUGGCAGCGUGCUGCGGACUUGAUCCUCUCAUCGCGCUGCGCUGACACCACGGCUUUUGAGGUGCUGGUCGCUGCGGCUGCAGAUGCCAGAGAGUGGGCUGUGGCUCUGGCAUUGACAGAAACGAUGGAGGUCCGCCUGGGCUUUGCAUCCGGCGGCGCCUUGGCCACGGCGGCCGCGGCG